CCUCAAUUGACGUGAUGUCUCGAUCAGUAAUUCUCAAUACUUCUAUGGGUAUGAUUACAAUAGAAUUGUAUGAUGAUCACGCAAAGAAAACUUGUGAUAAUUUUUAUGAAUUAGCGAAACGUGGAUAUUAUGAUAAUACAAUAUUCCAUAGAAUAAUCGAAGGUUUUAUGAUUCAAGGAGGGGAUCCAACUGGAACUGGACGUGGAGGAAAUUCAAUUUAUGGUUCAAAGUUUGAAGAUGAAAUUCAUCCAGAUUUAAAACAUACAGGAGCUGGAGUUAUUAGUAUGGCUAAUGCUGGUCCAAAUACUAAUGGAAGUCAAUUUUUCAUAACGUUAGCACCUACUCCUCAUUUAGAUGGAAAACAUGCGAUAUUUGGAAGGGUAAGCAAUGGUAUGGAAAUAGUUAAACGUAUAGGCAAAGUUAGUGUUGAUCGGGAUGAUAGACCAAAAGAAAAUGUGAGAAUUAUAUCUGCUCAAGUAAUUGAAGAUUAAUUUCAAUUUUAAUAAUUGUAUUAGAAAUUUCAUGUAAUAAAUCUUUCCAACUAUCUUGUUGAUUAACCUAUUAACAAAUAAAAAAAAAAGAAAUGAG